CGCGUCUCAACAUUGAAAGCACGUUGCCUGCCUGGACGACCAGCCGUUCGCCUCCUACAUUUGUUAAGGGCCCAUACCAAUACGAAGGCAAAAGAAUGUCCCCGACGACAUGAACAGCAAAAGUCAUGAAAAACUGGAGGGAAUUGGGCGAAGUGCCGGGUUCGGACGAGGACGACGACAGCAGCUUCGACGACGAUGAUAUCGAUAUUGACAACUUGGACCAAAUCAUUACCGAGCCCGAAUCGCAAAGUGUCAAGCUUCCCGAAAGCGCGGUUGUCAAUUAUGUUGGAAGUGAUGCAAAGGGACAGGAUGUUCCGCCAGAAGAAGGAGAUGUCGACAUCCUGAAAGCGCCCCAGGAGGAAUCUCAACACUCGGAGAAGGGCAUAUGGGAUAUUCCAAGCUCCCCAAUUACACGAAGCUCGGCCAAACCAGUUCCAGCUCCUCAACCCGUGAACGAGAGCCCCGUACCAAGCGAAAAGCCCGAUGACGAUCAAGACUCCCCGUUGUCUCCUGCGAAAAGCGACAUCUGGUCAUUAUCCUCUUUAUCUCAAUCCCAGGAUGCGAAAAACUCGGAUUUGCCGGUUCUGGAGGUUAGGAUACCACAGACGAUACCUGGGAGGGAAGCAUACUUGAAGGAAGAUGUACCCAAGAGCCCAGCCAGAACUGCCAAUGCUACAAUCCCUUCGUCACCCUCCUCAGACGGUACGAUUACACCCAGACCACGCCAAGUAUCGCAAGCUAUAUCCGACCAGCCCCCAAGUGAUGGUUCUACGCUGGGUGAUUUAGAAGAAGGCGAGCAGACGACGGGGCGACGUUCUCUCCGCCCGCGGAAGCCUAUCCAACAACAUCCAUAUCUCCUGGAAAAUGUUCGGUACGCAAAAGUGAUGAAGUCCCAUGGCAUCAAACCUAUCAAGGUGGUCUUGCAAGAUUCUCAACGUAAAAGAAAGGCCCAUGAAGAGGACUCUCAAGAACAAGAUUUCCUCGAUGAAGAGAGUCAAGAGACAACUCGCGGCGAACCUACACAGGUCACAGAAGAGAGCGGGCCAAUCCUCUGGGAUGACGAUGACGAGUUAGCACUAUCGCCUUCGCCGCCAAAGACGUCAUCCCCUGCCCGCCAUCUACGUGCUAGUAGCGUGUUAAACAGCGGUAACCAGACGGAUAUUACGGCCUUGUCCGAUGCCGAAGAGUUCCCUGAUUUGGACCGUCUCCAAUCCAGACCAUCCGAGGCACAUAAAAGACUCCUAAAGCGACAAAGCUCGAGUCUCCUGUCAGCGAAGCGCAAAAAACAGAGGACUGUAUCUAAUUCCCCACUAACUGCUUCUCCAAUUGGACGUUUCAGGAUACCACCUGCAUCAAUAUGGGACCUGUCUCCGUCUCCUACUACACUGCGGGCACCCAUCGAACCAUCGCAAGAUCUGGGCCUUACGCAGCGACCAGGCCUUCGGAGGCUGGCAAGAUCCCCUUCGACCUCUCGUACAGGACCUGUACAGCCAGUCGAAUCACAUGAAGAACCAGUCGGGUCCCCCAUCUUUAUCAGGGACGAUAGCGACAGUCCUGCUAGCGAAGAGAGUGACUUGGAAUCUUUGUCUCAUCCACAUCACUCAGACAGUGAGUCGGAUGUAAUUCGCGAGACUGGUCGGAAAAUUCGUGGUGUGCUGCCGGCAUCAUGGCUGCGACUGGACCAGAAGAAAGAUGGGCCCGCUGCUCGCCACAAUGCCAAAAAUGAUCAUGAACCCCCAAUAGAUCGACUCAAUCGAAAGGGCGUUGCUCUUCCAAAACAAACGUCCCCAAAAAGACUGUCUGCGACCCAGUUCCCGUUUGACCUGGCCGAUGAAUCGGAAGAAGAGGCAACUCAAGCACAAAAUAAGGCACCGGCUGUUAGUCGAUCUAGCCCUACACGGUCGACUCGUCAGGUCAUAACCCUGGAUGAUGACGAAGACGGCUUCAUGAUCGAGGAGGACUCCAUCGAUGCUAUGUUGGCCGGGCGAAGGAAGAGGGCUGGCUCUCCUAGUCUGUCCCGAGGGGCAAAGAAGCCAAAGAGUGGUAAAGCCACUCGGCAACCCAAGAUAACCCAGUCAUUCUCUAGGUCAAAGAGUGCCUCUGGCUCAUUACCAUCGGCCAAGGGCACGGCGAAAUCUUACCGCAAGCCAAGAGGUGGUGCCUCCGCAAAACCUAGCUCCCGAAAGAGAGCAGCAACACCGCCGCUUCUCAGUAUCUUGGAUGUCAUUGAACCUAAUGCCCCAAAGUUCCUCAAGAUCGCAGCUCGUUCGGUCAAGAAGAGGUCGGAUUUGGGGAAGAGUAGUCCCACCAGAAAGGCUAUUAGGUUCGCUAACCGCCAAGAUAACAUCGACGCACUUUCUAUUCUUCGGGACUGGAAGUCCGGCAAGACACGGCCGCGAGUUGCGGCGCCUCCAAGGAAGAGACCUGAGCCGAAGACUACUAGAGCAGUCCUCGGGGAGGUAUCGAACAAUGUUGAGCACCAACCUUCAUCCACUCAACCGCCGCCUUCUUCACUUCUUCCACGAAAGCUGGUUGUCAAGAAAGCUAGCGCGAGGAAACCCGUGGCAAACAAUUCCGAUGGGCCAAGGUCAAUGUCCAGGCAUCCGUCACGAACUACAAUCCAUGAACGCGGCCCGGCCACACGACAAGCGCAGUUAGAGACGAGCAUAUAUGAGGAUCCGCAGAAACGGCUUAAGAACAAGAAGCGAUCUCUUGAUGCUCUGUUCAGGCAAGACCGAAGAGCUCAGCGCGCACCGAGCCUUGAUCGCUUGGAGCCUGUUCUUGACGUUGGCAGAGGAACAUCGCCGGAACCGUUUAUUUUGGAAGGGCAGGACGAUUCUGUCACCGAGGUGGCACCAUUCGCUCCGAGGCCCAAGGCUGCAAACGACAAAUCCCGUUAUCGCAAGAGACGAGCCCCUCAGCAUGUCGAUGUUGAAGCCCCGCAGUACACGCGAGCAGAUGACCCUUUGCCAGCUGCCUUUGCCGUGGUUGAGGAGCAGGCCAAGCAAAAAGACGUCGACAAACUCAGUGGGCUGGGGCCAUAUGGGACGCAAUACACCCACCACUUUGAAGUCUUCCCCCUUGAUCAUGGUACGUUCUUCCAUGAGAGCACCAUCAUCGGACGCGGCUAUGUCAAGAAGGCGGUCGAGCCCGGGUUCUCGGAGAGGAUUCGUCGGCCAAGGCCGACCGUGUCUUUCCUCUUCCAAGGACAGUCACUUAACUGGGGCAUGUGGGAUGAUCAAGUCUCGUCAGAGCUUGGUAUACUUGUCGACUGGGUGGCUGAACAACUCGAAACCGGAAGUAAGGAGGAUACGGAAUUUGCGGGUCGCAAAGCCACUGAUGCAGCUAACUUUGUCCUGGAAUAUGUCCUCGAUGCACUUCGCGUUCAGGAUGACAUUGGGGAAAAUGCAUUCGUGUCCAGAUGGUCGGAGGUCAUGGCGAGCUUCGUUGGCCGAUUCGAAGCGCUUGACUGGCGGUCGUUGCGAGAACAAACCAAGAAGAUGUCCCUGGAUAUAGCUACCCGCUUGUGCCUAGCGAUGCUCCCAAUAUACCUGAUGGCACAGUCGUCUGGCGAUGAUCCCCUACAAAGCAUGAAGCUUGAAGGACUUCUCACCAAGCUUUCCAAGGUGGCCAUCACUGGAGCGCUGAGCUGUGGGCUUGAGGAUGUUAGGACUCUCUAUGGCGAACUACAGCGUCCUUCGUUUCGAGAACGCGGUAUUCGGCCGAACCAGGUGCUUGCUGUAUGCUGGGUCGUUCUCAUGCAUACCCUAGAAAGCGCCGGUAUUCCGCGCAGUAUGUUCUGGGAUGUUGUUCACUCAGUCAUGCUCACGCCUGAUGUCGUGUCCGGGUCGGAUGCUCAGGUGUUUGAGCGUCUUUGGCAGGACAUGUUCACCUUGUUGCCUCUGGGCGAAAUUGACAACAUGGGUAUCCUUCUUCCAGGGUUGAGAAACACCGUUCCCUUGGAGGGCUGGACACUCCCUCAGAAGCUUAUGAAGCGCGUGUUCGAGCUGUACAAGUCCAACCAGCGCCAGUCCCCUAGCUUCAACGAGUACUGCCGGGCUUUGAUCGGCCGCUGCUACUUCCUCGUCCAACAAUGGGGUUGGCGCAGGUGUACUGGAAUCAUCGGUACCAUCUUCGACUUUUUCGGCUCGCAAAAUCUCUGCCAUUUGAGGAAUGAACAGGUCUACAAGUCUCCUCGCUUCCUGGAAGAGCUCGCUAAUGGCCCUUCUCUGGCCAUUGAGACGGAAGAUCGUUGCUUCCACAUCUUCAUCAAACUGUUGGCUCUGACCAUUCAACACCUUAAGCAACUGGGGCGGACAAAAGAUAUCCGGAAUCUUGUCGCAAGGACACUUCCCAACCAUGACCGACAGUACCUCAAAGAGGACACAAUACAUGAACGUGACCUUGCAGCCUUAAGGAACCAUCAUGAUCUCCUCUGCACGCUUUUCUGGGCUGCCCCGCCGGAUCUUAGGCCGCGUGUUGACCUGAUAGAGCGACUGAUCACUCCUAGCAAUGCUCACAAGGAGGCUUGCUUGAUCAACAUUCGAGCAUGGAGUCAGCUCGCUCGCCUCGUCGUGUCGAAUGGUGAGGGUAGCACUGCGUUCAGGCCCUUUACCAUAUGGAGGAACAACUUGUUCAACCAGAUCUUGGACCAGUACAUGUCUGCAGAGUCCGAUAUCGAGCAGCAGUUUAGGGCGCUGUCUGCAGAGAAUAUGCGGAGUAUCGAUGCAGCAUGGCGGGACGAGCUUAUCGCAAGAAACAAGGCCACGGCCCUGGACAUUCUUCACACUUCAGCCAGAGCAUCUCUCGAUGUGCUCAAGCACGCAAAAUCUCUCGAAGCAACCAUCUACACGCUGAACGUCACUCAGUUGCAAAAGAUGUGUACUACCCUGCACUUUGGCUCUCCGGGCUUUGACUGGGGCAUCCUCCAUGUGGCUCUCGACACACAUGAGCACUUCCUGGGCUGGAUUGAAAAGUCUUCUGAGGAGCAGUACUCUAGCAAUGAGUCUACUGCGGAUGUCGACCCGAGGCAGUUGGAGGAUGCCAUUCUGCUGCUUCGCGAGAAGCUCACCAAAGAGUUCUUCUGGGUGGCCAGGGAAUUACUUGCCUUGCCACUGAAAUCACUUACAACCUUCGGCAAGCAAACCGAGCAGGUCGCCUGUAUCGAAAAGACGGUGACGCUGGCUGCUAAACUAGCCGCCCGGUUCAUCCAGGAGCGAGUCACCCAGGUGUUGCCCUACUUCCAGCCCGGCAAGUACGGGCUCUUCCCCGACAUCCCCAAGAACAUGACCGGUGCAGAGAGGAGAUGGCUCCCCCUCUUUAUCGCCACUCUCGUCAAGAAGAACGUCUUCGACUUCAAAGACAUCGAGACAAACAUUCUCUCCCUCUGGGUCCAGUCCAUCAUCAAGCCCAUGCGCUUCCUCGGCUACGAGACCUACCUCGCCGAAGUCCUCCAGCAGCGCGGCCUCCCUUUUCUUGUAGGGGCAAACGUUUCAGCCGGCAUGACGCCAGACUACAACAUCCAUUUAGACCUCUUCUUCCACGCGAUCCACUACAUGCGCAAGGCUCUCCGCGGAGGGGGCGAAGGAGAAGCCGGUGCAACCCCAUCGGCACCUUCUACGGCAUCGUCAGCCCAGUCCGUCCGCCGCCAAAGAGAGGAAUUCUCCCAAACCCUCCAACUAGCCAUGACCGAGAUCCAAAAAGACCUCUCCCUCCUCCGCUCCCUCGCCCUUUCCUCAGACCCCACAGCAGCCUCUACAGAAGAACACAAAGAAUACAUGGCCUUCGCCCACGAGCUCAUCUCCCUCAUCAAAUCGCACGGCGUCGGCAUCGUCGUCGUCGACUCCUUCUUCCUUACCCCCUCCGAUUCCUACUCCCCGCCCUUGCAAGACCCGCAACUACAUACAGCGGGCAUCAUGGCCUACGGCGUCCGCCUGUCCGAGAAGGACGCACCCGCGGCGUCGCAGCUUUUUUGGUACCUGUUCAACAACUUCAAGGUGGCACUGGCUAACGAUGGGCUGAAAGAGGAGAGAGGGAUCUUGGAGCGGGCGUUGGGGGAUGCCAAAAUGACGGGGGGCAGGGAAUUCAUGACGUUCAUGUUGGAGGUGAUGCUGCCUGUUGUUGUGCAGGUUGCGGGCAGAAUGGAGCAGGAUCAGGAUCACGAGGGCGAGUUUGGGUCGGUGUUGUUGGAGUGUUAUGCUGGGGCGGUGGUGGGAGUGUUGACGAGGAGUUGCGUGCCGAGGGAGUUGAGGGGGGAGGAUGUGGAGGUGCAUGUUGUUGAGGUUUUGCGGAGUGUGGUGUGGUGGUGUGAGCAGAUGUGGAUGAAGAGAGGGAAGGGGAGGGCGGAGGCGUAUAGCAGGGAGGAGGCGCGGAGGAAGGAGGAGGUGCAGAGGAGGGAUUUGGCGCUGUUGAAUCAGUUGGUCGGGUUGUGUGUGGCUUUGCAGCCGAGUAUCAUUCCGGCGGUGAUUACCCUUGGAAACAAGAAGAAGGAACCACAGAGACAAAGGGAGGAGAAGGUGAAGGCGUUGGUGGACAUAGUGGACGUGGUGUCGAAGUUGUUUGAUGGGGCGAGGGAGUGUAUAAGACGGUUUAUCUCCCCGGAGCUGAAGGACUGUGCUGAUGUGGAAGAACGCCCCGGUUACCCGACCGGACUCAUUCGAGUCGAAUGUCUUCUGAGAGGACUGCCUUCCACAUUUUCCGAGUUCUCCCAGCAGGCGAGGGUCAACCCGCGUGUGCAGAGACAUGUCACUGCUAUCGUCAAGGAUAUGUCGAACAACUGGAUGAUUUCGGAUGGUCGGGUGACUACACGGUUUACUGCCGCCGCCGGUGGCCCCGCGAGAGUCCCUGGGCAGCAGCAGCAACAUUUACCAUCAAGCACGCAGUCUACUACUGGUGCCGCUCCUGCUAGAAGCCAGGGGACAGGCUACACAGUCAGGAACAGAGAGGAGCUGCUGUGGGAUCUGUAUGCCCGGCUUGAGGAGUGGAAGCUGGGCGAGGGCUCUGAUGAUACACUCGGUUACCGGAGGGAUAGGGGGGAAUUGUGGGAUGAUGAGAUGUUUCAUGUUUUAGUCUAGGCCGGGCAAAGGGCGUUGAGGUGGUCAUGAUGGUUCUAGAGAUUAUCCGCAUGGAUUGUUUAUGAAGUGGAUUAAGCAAUGGACACCACGGAUAUGCUGGCGUGACGCGACUCUUGGAUAGUGCAAAAGCAAUAGAGGAAUCAUCCAACAUUAAUAGUCGUAUCUCCGUAUUCGAAAACCAUGCUGUCCAAAGUCGUGAUAUGUCCAUGGUGUUGUUGCUGUCAAAG